AUGUCGUUUUCGAGGAGCUGUUACAACUGUGGACGUCCUGGUCAUACGAGUGCUGCGUGCCCGUCAGCAGGUACUCCUACUUGCUACAAUUGCGGACAACAGGGUCACGUCUCGGUAGUGUGCACGAAUCAGACGGUGCCGAAGACGUGUUUCCGCUGCAAUGAAUCCGGGCAUGUGUCGCGUGAUUGCCCUCGCGCUGAAGCCCAAGGACCUGGUGCUGGCGGUGAGUGCUACCGCUGUGGUGAGUCAGGACACAUUGCGCGCAUGUGCCCCAUGGGCGGCGGUGCCCCGGCAUCGCGUGGUAGCUCUCGCUCUUGUUACAACUGCGGUGGCAUCGGCCACUUCUCGCGCGAGUGUUCGUCGGCACCUGGCGCGUCAGCAUCCGCUGGCACCAAAUGCUACAAUUGCGGCAACAUGGGCCACAUGUCGCGAAACUGCCCCCGUCCUCCGCAACAUUCGUGCUACACUUGUGGCGCCGAGGACCACAUCGCUGCCCAAUGUCCUCAGGCUGCAGUGUGA